AUGUUUACUAACACUUCGAUAGGGCGCAGGGAUCGCAAGUUAGGAAGAAUUUAUAAUUAUGAAGGCAAUGUCUUCAUUUUUGAAAUAUUCAAACGACCACCAAACAUUGAUUCUGUGCCGUUCCAUGUUCAAGGUGGCGAAGGAAAACCUUUUCCUAAUGUUGUUUCUCUGAAGUUAAAUGGGCUGGAGAUCUGCAAUGAUGCGAAAAAGUUCAAACCGACGUUAUUAGGUUAUGCAGACGUAGCAGGAGAUUUAAGUAAUUUGAAUGAAAAUUCGGACAGAGUGGCUACUUCAAAAGCCAGUUGUGGUAUUAGAAAAGUUGUGCACAAACAACUAAUUAUUGAAGGGCAUGAUUCAAAAGCUGGUGAUUGGCCCUGGCAUGCAGCGAUUUAUAAAUACAAUUUAAAUAAAAAUUCGAGAGAAUACAUAUGUGGCGGGUCAUUAGUAUCAGCUUCAAUUAUCAUGACAGCCGCUCAUUGUGUCACAGAAAGUGGUAGACCAGUCGUUCCCGGAAGAUUAGUAGUUGCUUUAGGAAAACAUAACUUGCUCGGAUCAGAUAUAGGUAGUCAGGAAUUGACAAUUUUUGAAGUGAUAGUUCAUCCAGAUUUCAAUGCAACAACUUUGGCAAAUGAUAUAGCGCUUUUAAAACUAUCAGCUGAAGCCAGUUUUUCGUCAUAUGUUCAACCCAUAUGUUUAUCAAAUAACGCACCAAGUGAAGAUAUUAGCUCUCUAGUUGAUAAACCAGGAACAGUUGUUGGAUGGGGUAGAUGGGGUUUUGGAGCAAAUGAAAAGCUGUCUGGUGUACUUCAACAAGGCACCAUGCCAGUAGUUUCAGUAACAUCAUGCUUAGCUAGCAAUCCGCAAUUUUUUUCUAUGUUUCUCACGGAUAAAACAUUUUGCGCAGGAUAUAGAAAUGGUACAUCCGUAUGUAACGGUGAUAGUGGAGGUGGUCUGUUCUUUUCCAAAAAUGUAGAGGAAGAUUUACAAUGGCAUAUUCGUGGGAUAGUGUCUUUAAGUGUUGCUAAAAAUAACGCUCCAAUUUGUGAUCCUGAACAUUUCGUGCUUUUUACCGAUGUGUCACGAUAUAUCAGUUGGAUUAACUCUUUUAUUACACCAAAAUAUUAG